AUCAUUGGAUUUGAUAGAACGAGAGUCUCACACCUCAGUUCGACUUCUGUGGGGUGCAAAACACUGGAAGAAGAUUCCCUUUUUUGUUCUCCUCACGGCAGAAGUAGAAGUGCUGACCACCAGUUCAAUCCAGCUACCCAAGGUCAGGGAUGCUGGGAAAAUUUUUGGCUUCGCCUCUGCUGACAUUUGAUUCAACAGUUGGCAGAAGCUUCUGCUCUUAUCCUGAUUCUGCCUCAGUAGCAGCCGAGAACUGGCUCGUUAAUGCAAAUCUUGCAAUAAAAUUUCCCUCAUAUGUCCCCCGUGGGCAUGGGAUAGACAAUUCCCCAUCUAGGAACUGGGAGUUGCGUUCUACUUCCCAAAUUCAGGAUGCAAUUCUCAGUGACGAAGAUAAGAAAACAUGGGAAUCAUGUAGACAAGCUCUGUCUGCGUAUGGUUUUUCUAAUGAGGAAGAAGACAAGAUCCUGGGAAAAGCUUUUGGUCAAAUUCAUUCUCCUUAUUGGGGUGAGGAGCGGAAGAAGGAAGUUCCCAAGUUUGAGGUAGUAAGUGAAAUACUAAAUUAUCUUAAGGAUUUAGGCCUCGCUGAUGAUGAUCUUGGCAAACUUAUCAAGAAAUUCCCUGAGGUACUUGGCUGUAGCUUAGAACAUGAAUUGAAAGCAAAUGUACAGAUUUUGGAAAAGGAAUGGGGCAUCAGAGGGAAAACACUGAGAAACCUCCUCCUCCGCAAUCCCAGAGCGCUGGGUUAUAACAUUGAUUGCAAAGGAGAUUGCAUGGCACAAUGUACUCGCUGCUGGGCUCGGUUUUAACUGCUGUUGUUUUCUUGAUUUGUUCAUUCCUGGAUUCCUAGUAUGUAAUUAUGGGCAUUCUUGAUCAAGUCAUGUUCGGUUUCUUCUUUGAUAUUGAAGACAACACCAAGAUAUCUGACGAAGGUGUAGUACAGUUGAUGCAGGAAAAAUUAUGUAUAAUUCAUAGCAAGAUUUGGAGUAACACUAGUACUUGGCACAGAUUGAUGUGCUUAGAUGACUUGCCAUUUCCAUGCACACAUAAUGUAUACAUGCUUCCUCUCACAGAAUUUAGCAGUCUUUUAGCGAGUCAGGAAUUUUUUACUGGUUGAUCACCAUUCUUAAUAAGGUUAAAGUUAGUGAUUUGAUUUGUGUCUUGCAGAAUAGAAAAUCAAUGAGAGAUUUAUUU